CUAUGCUUGACGUUAGCAAACCACUGAUCGCGAACGGAUAAAAACUUGAAUGACAAGGAAGUAAAGAUGCGACCGGCCAGACAAGUGGCUCGUACAGUGCAACACAUACAUACAUCAACCAUGGCAAGCAGCAAUAAGGAGAUAUCUUACAGUGAUCUCAAAGAAUUUUUGAAAAAUGGUUCAGGGCUUCUUGUGGAUGUGCGCUCCAAAGAUGAAGUAGACAGAGGCCGUAUCCCAGGAUCCAUCCACAUCCCAGUGGAAACUGUAGAAAAAGAAAUGUCCCUGGAUUCAGCUGAAUUCCAGUCUAAGUUUGGUGUAAAUAAGCCGCCUUUGGACUCUUCAGAACUGAUUUUCCACUGCCAAAUGGGAAAACGUGGAGCUGUUGCUACUGACAAAGCCAUAAACCUUGGGUUUAAGAAUGCCCGUAAUUAUGCUGGGGGCUACAGGGAAUGGUCAGAAAAAGAGGGCAAAUGACAAUCUUCAAACUCUUAAAACUCAUAUUCCAGUUAAACUUGAAACCUUUUUACACUCCCAGGAAAUAUUAAUGAAAUAUUUUAUUGAUAAUUAUGUUUUACAUGUCUGUCAUAUUAAAGUUGACCAAUUAAACGUG